AUGUGGUGGCACGCCACAUACAACCGCGGGUGUGCUCAUGGAAACCUCACCGUCGGGGUCGGGGGCAUCGGCAACGCGUCCAGGACUGGCAGGCUCAUCCUGGAGGAGGACUCUGGAGCCAUCGCCAGGAUGGCCGAAAGCCCUCGCAAGCUCUCCUGGCUCAGGGCCAAAGGCGGCCUGUGGGCCACCAAGAGCGGGCACGUGAAGGUGCUGGAGCAGCUCUCGUCCUUGCGUGCCGACAUGAGCCUACCCCUGAAGGAUGAGGAGGCUGGCAAGACCCUGGCACACGUGGCGGCCGAAAGCGGACACCUUCCGGCCCUCUCGUGGCUGCUGUCGUGGCGAGUGGACAUAUCCGCGAGGGAUGCCGCGGCAAAGGUGCAGCCUCCGCUCCACGCCGCUGCAGCGGCGGGCCACGUGGAGGUGCUGAGCUUCUUGGCGCGGCAGCGGGCAGACCUGCGCGCGCGCCAGGGCAACGGCAUGCAACCCUUCGAGGUGGCCUGCGGCUCUGGGCACGCCGACGUGCUGACGUGGCUGCUGGGCCUGCGGGCCCCGAAGCUGGACGUGCGGGGCGAGGGGGGGCCGCGCUCGGUGCUGGCGGCGGCCGCUGGCGGGCACGUGCGGGUGCUGGAGCUCCUCGCCCGACGCGGCGCGCGCCCGGAAAGCCCCGGCGGCGCGCGCGAGCUGCUCCCCGCGCACGUCGCCGCGGAGGGCGGCCACGCCGAGGUGCUCGCGUGGCUGGCGGCGCGCCGGGCGCCGUUGGACUCCAACGACCCGGACGGGGCCGCGCCGGUCCACAAGGCCGCGCGCGGGGGGCACCUGGCGGCGCUGGAGGUGCUGGGCGCGCAGGGCGCCGACUUGCGC